CACUUCGUCGUUCAAGUUCAAGAAGAAAAUGUCAGAAGCGAAGCAAAAGAAAAUAAAUCAAAAAUCUGAGAGGAGAAAGCAAAAGGUUGAAGCUAGAGGUGGAGGAGAGAGACCAGAGCAUACGCAGCAGGCCUCACAGCAUCAUGGUAGUGUCAAAAGCGAUGGAGGGAGUGUAGUGAACAGUACAGCACCAGUAGCGACGACAGCCAGUCCAUUCAAACACCUUCAUAAGUCUCCAAAUACUAUCGUGAAACCUGAGAAUGUACAUCCUCAAAUAUCGAGAUUGGGCUCAUUACUAUCAAACUUCUCUAUUGUUGGCGCAAACGCUCGCACUUUAGCUUUAAUGAGCGGUUUGAAGCUCGUUAUUGGUUCAUAUAACACUCCAGCUGGUACUACCCUCUCUAGGAAUCUCUUGUCCGUGAUCUCACCUCAGAUUAGUCAUUUGGAGAGCUGUAGACCGAAAUCUUUAUCAAACGGUAGCGCUAUUAGAUGGCUUAAAUUGCAAAUAGCCAAUAUUGAUCCUGAUAUGGAUGAUAAUGACGCUCGUAAUCACCUCUGCAUGCUCAUAGAUUGUUACGUUAGAGACAGGAUUACACUCGCAGAUGACGAAAUAGUUAAGAACACACUCUCAAAGCUCUCAUCAACUGUCCAAACAACAAUCUUAGUCUAUGCGCGAUCAUCUAUCGUCGAGAAGACCUUAAUAGAGGCGAAAAAAGCAGGAAAAAUGCUAUCAGUUAUUAUAGUUGACUCGAAACCUUUGAAUGAAGGUAAAAACCUCCUCACUAGAUUGACAGAUAUGGGCGUUGAAUGUACAUAUGCUCACUUAUCAGCCUUACCAUCACUCUUACCAAAUAUUAACAUGACUCUUUUGGGUGCUCAUGCGAUAUUAGCCAAUGGUGCAUUAUACUCUCGAGUCGGUAACGCUUCAGUAGCUCUUUUGUCAAAACUCCAUAACGUUCCGGUGUACGCUUUAGCAGAAUCUUACAAGUUUGUUGACAGGAUGAUGCUCGAUUCUAUCACGACGAAUGAAAUUUCACCACCUGAUUUAUUCGAAUUGGAUGUAAACGGUUUGGGACAGAAUGUUAGACAGGAAUCAUUGUUAUACGAUGUUACACCACCAAAACUCUUAGAAGCAAUCAUUUCUGAAGUUGGUAUUCAUCCGCCUUCAUCUGUCUCUGGGUUGAUGUUUAGGGCGAGAGCUUAGAAUUUAUGUUGAUGCAUGUAUUACUUUAUUAAGC